AUGUCUGACCAAGGAAGUUCUCCUGUUACUGGAAAUUUUGAUUCCAGCUCCUCUCCAGCUCCUGUACCCGGAUCUUUACCGCCACAAUCAUCACCAUCUAGGCUAUUCUAUAAUUCAUCAUCUUCGCAAGCUGAGGAUACAUAUGAACGUGACAGUGGUAAUAGGGUGGGCCCGGAGGCACGAAAUGGAAUUGUAUCUUCUCCAUUCAGUUACCCCUCUUCUUCACACCCACAAAGCUCGGAUACUCCUCAACAUCAAAGGAGAAGGGACAUGAGUUCCACUGCCAUUACACCAGGCGGUAAUAGAUUUUCUGAUAUUAGAAGUGAGAGGCUUGGUCCAAGUUCGUCACCUUCUUUUAGUACUAAUUCAUCUACUAGAGCAAGAAUGAGAAGAAAUGAUGUCCAGGGAUCCGACUUUUCGUCACCUAGAAGAUUUUACUCCGGUCUUCAACAGCCAACAACAAGUUCAGAUCCACCAUCUGAUGAUACAACUGGGCCGGUGAGAAUUAUUUGGGGUACAAAUGUGAGUAUUCAAGAAUGUGCCAACAAUUUCCGUGAUUUUUUGAUGUCUUUCAAAACUAAAUAUCGUAAAGUUCUAGAUGAAAGGGAGGAAUUUAUUAACUCGACAACAGACGAAGAGUUAUACUACGUUAACCAUCUUAAUGAAAUGAGGGAAUUAGGUACCUGUAAUUUAAACCUGGAUGCCCGUAAUUUGUUGGCCUAUAAGCAGACUGAGGAGUUAUAUUAUCAAUUAUUAAAUUAUCCUCAAGAAGUUAUUUCCAUUAUGGAUCAAACGAUUAAGGACUGUAUGGUUUCUUUGGUUGUUGACAAUCAUCUAGAUUUCAAUUUAGACGAAAUUGAAACGAAAUUCUACAAGGUAAGACCAUACAACGUCGAAACCGCUAGAGGUAUGCGUGAAUUGAAUCCAAAUGAUAUUGAUAAGUUAAUUAGUCUAAAAGGUUUAGUUUUAAGGACUACUCCCGUUAUUCCAGAUAUGAAGGUUGCAUUUUUCAAGUGUAAUGUCUGUGAUCAUACGAUGGCAGUCGAAAUUGACAGGGGUAUCAUUCAAGAACCUUCUAGAUGUGAACGUGUCGAUUGUAAUGAAGCAAAUUCCAUGUCAUUGGUCCAUAAUAGAUGUUCUUUUGCUGAUAAACAGGUUAUAAAGUUACAAGAAACGCCUGAUCUAGUUCCGGAUGGUCAAACUCCACAUUCUGUUUCUCUUUGCGUCUAUGAUGAACUGGUUGAUUCUUGCCGUGCUGGUGAUAGAAUCGAAGUUACUGGUACCUUCAGAUCAAUACCAAUUAGAGCAAACUCCAGACAGCGUGUUUUGAAAUCGUUGUAUAAGACAUACGUAGAUGUUGUCCAUAUUAAAAAAGUGUCAGAUAAAAGAUUGGAUGUCGAUACUUCAACCGUUGAACAAGAACUUUUACAAAAUGAACUUAAUCAUAAUGAAGUUGAACAAGUAAAACGUAUUACAGACGAAGACAUAUCCAAAAUUCAUUCAGUUGCUAAAAGGGAGGAUCUGUAUAAUUUAUUAUCUCGUUCGAUUGCGCCAAGUAUUUUUGAGUUAGACGAUGUGAAAAAGGGUAUCCUCUUGCAACUUUUUGGCGGAACUAAUAAAACAUUCAAGAAAGGUGGCCGUUAUAGAGGUGAUAUAAAUAUUUUACUCUGUGGGGAUCCUUCAACAUCCAAAUCACAAAUUCUACAAUACGUUCAUAAAAUUGCCCCACGUGGUGUCUAUACUUCAGGUAAAGGUUCCUCCGCCGUUGGUUUAACUGCUUAUAUUACAAGGGAUGUUGAUACAAAUCAACUUGUUCUAGAAAGUGGUGCUCUGGUUUUGUCGGAUGGUGGUAUAUGUUGUAUUGAUGAAUUUGACAAAAUGAGUGAUUCGACUAGAUCUGUCUUACACGAAGUUAUGGAACAGCAAACAAUAUCCAUUGCAAAGGCAGGUAUUAUCACAACAUUAAAUGCUAGAAGUUCUAUUUUAGCUAGUGCGAAUCCAAUUGGCUCACGUUAUAAUCCAAAUUUGCCAGUAACAGAAAAUAUUGAUCUACCACCACCAUUAUUAUCAAGAUUUGAUUUAGUUUAUUUGGUCUUGGAUAAAGUGGAUGAAAAUACAGAUAGAGAAUUAGCAAGGCAUUUGACAAGUUUAUAUAUUCAAGAUAAGCCUGAGCAUGUAUCGCAAGACGAUAUUUUGCCAGUAGAAUUCCUAACGAUGUAUAUUAGCUAUGCGAAGGAGCAUAUACAUCCAACCAUUAACGAGGAAGCUAAAAAAGAAUUGGUUAGGUCAUAUGUCGGUAUGAGAAAGAUGGGUGAUGAUUCAAGGUCUGAUGAAAAGAGAAUUACUGCUACGACGAGACAAUUAGAAAGUAUGAUUCGUCUUUCUGAAGCACAUGCAAAGAUGAGAUUAUCGGAUGUUGUUGAGCUACAAGAUGUUCAAGAGGCUGUAAGAUUGAUUAAGACAGCUAUUAAGGAUUACGCAACAGAUCCAAAGACAGGUAAAAUUGAUAUGAAUCUUGUCCAAACUGGUAAGUCUGUGAUACAAAGAAAGCUUCAGGAAGAUCUUGCAAGAGAACUUAUUAGAGUUCUUACAGAGCAUAGUAGUGAUUCGAUGAGUUUCAAUGAGCUAAUCAAGCAAAUAAACGAACAAGCUCAGGAUAGAGUGGAUUCUUCAGACAUUUCUGAAGUUUUAUCGAGAUUACAACAGGAAGAUAAAGUCCUAGUUUUGGGUGAAGGUAUAAGAAGAUCAGUUCGUCUAAAUAACCGUAUAUAG